CGGUCGUUUACCACCACCACUGUUGUAACGAAUCUCACUACUACUACACUACUACCUUCACCAUCGUCAUCAUCAUCGCCAUCACACCAUGAGUUUGGCGUUCGUCGAGCGUUUCGUACGUAUAGAGAAGCACAAUGUGUUUUCGUUUCAUCACGCUAAUGAAAGUAACUGAGCAGAGGUGACGUCGCAUACCGUGUGAAGAACGUAUGUUGGUGCAUCGAUUUUGAUAACGGGAGAACACGAGAGAGUCGGUGCGAGCAAAGUACGGCAGAGACAGUCAAGCACGAAGAAUUUUGUGACGAGCCUGUGUCGGGCUGUAAGUUAAAUACGUUACUUAGCAGUGACUGAGACUAUCCCACAGUGUUGUACCAUUUGAGAAAACUUUCUUUAAAAUUUUUCGCCGAGUUAUGGAUCCACCGAAGAAAGAGAAGAAACACAAGGAGAAAAGAAGGUGUAACGAGAAAAGGAAGGAAAAGUCUCGUGAUGCUGCACGAUACCGUCGGAGCAAAGAGACUGACAUUUUCUCGGAUCUAGCUGCUGCUCUUCCAUUGCCAUCGGAACAGGCAUCUCACUUAGAUAAGGCCAGUGUUAUGAGACUAGCAAUCGCGUAUCUCAAAGUGCGCUCAGUGGUUGAUUCCUUUCCAGGCACACUGACCAAAUCCGAAACAUUGAAUCACAUGGACGAAUUAUUCUCCAAAGCUCUAAACGGGUUCAUGUUGGUGCUAUCCAACGAUGGUAACAUGAUCUAUCUGUCGGAGAAUGUCAGUGAUUACCUUGGUGUUUCUCAGAUGGACAUGAUGGGUCAGAGCGUGUACGAGUACAGUCACCCAUGCGAUCACGACGAAUUGCGGGAAUGCCUGUCCUCGAAACCGGCUGAGCAAAGCGACAAGCGUGCUUGUAGUUUUUUUCUACGACUUAAAUGCACAUUGACCAGCAAAGGGAGGAAGGUCAAUCUAAAGAGCGCUUCCUACAAGGUGAUUCAUUGUACCGGUAGGUUAACAUAUAUCCGCAAUCCAGUGUCGAAUUCAUCGGAAACUAGCGACGCGGAACACGAAAGCGACGAUGAUGGAAAUGAACGAGACACUGGAGCCUCGUUGGUGCUACUGGGAUGUCCCAUACCGCAUCCCAGCAAUAUAGAGAUACCGUUGGGACGGCACACUUUCCUCUCGAAGCACAGCCUCAGUAUGAAGUUCACAUACACUGACGAAAAAUUGGCUGAAUAUCUGGGUUGGAACAGCGAGGAGUUAGUGGGACAAUCCGUUUUCGAGUUCUAUCACGCCCUCGAUAAUUUGGCUCUGGAUAAAUGUUUUAAAUCACUGUUCAGCAAGGGUCAGUGUGAGACAGUGGCCUACAGAUUUCUUGGGAAACGAGGAGGCUACGCGUGGGUCGUGACACAAGCCACCCUGAUCCACUGCACCAAACAGCAAAAGCCACUUUCCGUCGUCUGCGUGAAUUACGUUCUAAGCGGCGUGGAACGCGAGGAUGAGGUGUACAGCGCGCGGCAGCUCGCAGCACGUGACAGCGAGGAGGCCGUGAAGCCGGAGGAGAAACCGGCUGCCACGAGCGACGUUGUCCAACUUCCACCUCUUCAAGCUACCACAAAGCUUCGUGUUCGAGUACAAGUGAACAGCAAGAAGCUCGAGGAUACAGCGCUCGAGGGGAAACAGCAACAAUUAUCGUUACCUGCUACAAAAUCGAAACCAGCGACUACCGGCUCUUCCAAUCGCGCGAAACCGUUGACAGUGACCAGUUCGAUCUUCCGCGCGGCGGACAACAAAGCGAAGAAGGAGCCUGUUCAACUUCAGGACGGCUCGCGGAAGGAUAACACCUUCCCGAGACCGGUCCAGUCUACAGAGAAAUCGUUCGUCGGUGUACAGGCUUUGAAAGAAUCGCUGGAAGAGUCGCUGAAGGAGAACAACGGGCCAAAACGGAAGCAACGGUGCCGCCAGCAAUCUGUUGCUAGCCGCGCUCCGUUCGUGUUCCAGGGCAAACCCGCGGUGGAAUACGAUCCGGAGACAACGGUUCGUCAGGACAGGCCACACGUCGUUACCAGACACCUGUUCGCUUCUAUUGCGACGCAACAACAACAACAACAGCAAGACCAGAUCACCUGCAGACCACCGCCACAGACAGCGACAGCGAGUAUCUUCGCUCCUCGUACCGAGGACAUGAACAAAGGCUUCUUGACUUUCAGCGAGGAUCAUCCAGGCCUUACGAUGCUGAAGGACGAACCGGAGGAUCUAACACAUCUGGCGCCUACACCUGGCGACGUAUGCGUCCCCCUCGAAGACACGCCUUUCCUUACGGACAUGCUCGACGAGUUUAUUCUUGGCAGCGACAACUAUUGUCCCCUACUGAGCCCCGAUGGAACCCUAGCACCUGAAUUACGCUCCACAGAUUUCACUGACUCUCUCAAAGAUGCCGAGUUGGGAGACACUUCGAGGAGCAAGGAUCUAGGGGAGUCUCUGGCCGAUAGCGAUCCGUUCAUGUACGGAGAUUCACCGAGCAGUCCAUGUAGCAUCGAUCCCAGCGCGGUUUCACCGCCGCUCACCAAGUACCGUCAAAGUCCAGAACGAAGUAUAGAUUCGUUGGGUAGCCCGACAGGGGGUAGCGGUGCGGACGGUUUAUCGGAGGACGAGAUGUUAAUGUUAGGCCUGAACGAUAGUAUAGGCGACGACGAGUUGGAAUUUAGAGCACCUUAUAUCCCAAUGUCGGAUCAGGAUGAGGCUCUGGAUUUGCUUAUAAGCAAUGAUAUGGUUAUGUGGAGUCCGCCACAGACGACAGAUCACAAAAGUUGUCUAAAAUGGACGUUAACGGAAAAGGAGCAACGAACGACAGAUUCUAGUUUAGCGCAAUUAUUGAAAAUGGAUCAGGUCGUCUCCAGAAAAUACAACGACCAUGGAGGAGGUUUGGUGAAUCCAGUACAAGUUCUCGGUCAAAUCCCUAGGAAGAAUAUAAAUCUAGAUAACUGCCAUUGGUCCUCCAAAAUGGACAGACCAACGAAGCGUAUUCACACUGCCUCCGUAGACGCAGGGAACGACAAUAAGCGCAUCAGAUGUGACGAAUCCGCGAAAUGUAGCGAUCACCUUAGUCUAGAGGAUCACCUGUUAACAAAGCAGCAGCCGUCUUCGAGAAAAUCGUCGAACUUGGGCAACAGUCAACUGUUGCGUCGCCUGGUGUCUCAACAGAACGUUCUGCGGAAUAAUUUCGCGAACGAAUCGUACGACAGUACGGUAAAAGGUCGACAGAGCGUUAAUCGAUUAGAAGGGAAUCUGAAUGUGGAGGAUGGCGAAGGAGACAGUGGUGGCGGAGGUGGAGUUAACGAUAGCGGAGGAAGAAAAGUCGAAACGAACGAAGGAAGGUGUCGUCGAAGCGGCGUAGAAAACGGCGACGCGAUCAGUCAGGUCUCUCAGCGGAAUCCGGCGUGCAACAGCGUGCUAAUGAAUCUCCUGGUAUCCGGCUGCGACGAAAACCUAAUGGACUCGCGGAACGUGCCGUCCAUAUACCCUAAAAGCCUGAUGUCUCCACUGUCUGUGAACCUGGAGAACCACCAAAUGGUGCCUCAAUGUCCGGAUUCCAGAGGGUCUAGCGUAUCCUUCGACCAGCUGAGCCCCGCUGCGAGAAAGCAACUAUCCAACAAUACAUUUAUAACUGGAGGAGGAUCAAUCGAGUCGUCGCCAUCCUCACCGAUGAUGCCAUUCGAUAAUUUUGAUUAUGAUACGAGUAUGUCGGCUAGUGGUUUGCUUCAAGUGGAACCGGACCUAUUUGGAAGUCUACUGAAUCGGAAUCUCGUUUAAGCAGUCGUGUUUAAUCCGAAUACAAGCCGACUCCGCAAUCGAGUUGAUCGGAUUUCGUGGGGAUUAAAAAGGAGAGGAUUAAAAAAAAAAAAAGAAGAAA